UUGUUCCUGCAACUGUUUAUUGGGUCCUACCUGCAAACAGUUCUGAGACAUUCUAUUGGCCUAUAGGAAUGGAACAUGAUACCAUCCAAGCUGUCGCUGUCAUACGUAGGCAUGGUGUCUUAAUUUGUAUAUACAAAGGGUAGAACAGACAACUUCUUGCCGCCCAAAUGGAUUAAACUAACCUGAUUCUUAUUAAAUUCUUAGCAGAAGGAGAACUAUAAUCCUGAAACUGAGAAACUUCAUAAGGUUUUGUCUUGGCUGUUUUAUUUUUCUGAUUGAAUAUAUCUCACGGGAUGAUACAGUAAGUAAUUUAUGCACAAUAAGAUAUAUGUCUCUAGAAAGGAGAAGAAAACUAAGACAGAGUCAUUUAAAGCUUCAUUUUAACAGUACUACUUCGUAAACUUCUUCUGCCCGUGAGUGCAUUUGACAUCACUACUUCAGAGCUUAAGCAGCCAUGCUCAACAUAAUGGAUAUCUCUUUACUCACCUCCCAAGUUCUCUUUCUUCUAACUUUGUUCUUUUCCAUCUCUGAUAUCACAGCUCAAUCAAACUUUUCAUGCUCUGUGGAUUCACCCUCCUCCUGUGAAACUUACGUGGCAUGCUUUGCGCAGCCUCCCAAUUAUCUGAAUCUGGGAAACGUAUCUGAUCUAUUUGAGGCCAGCAGCUCAUUCAUUGCUAAAGCUAGUAACCUGGUGUUUGGAGUCAACGAGACAAAGUUAUUUCCUGGCCAACUCUUACUGGUACCUGUUACCUGUGGCUGCACUGCAAAACGUUAUUUUGCCAAUAUCACAUACCAGAUCAAGAAAGAUGAUAGCUACUACUUAGUCUCAGUCAAUUCAUUCGGAAAUCUCAGCAACUGGACUGAUGUUCAAGGGCUGAACCCGACUCUGAACCCAAACCUCUUGCAGAUAGGUGUGAACGUUAUCUUUCCUUUGUUUUGUAAGUGCCCCUCAGAAACCCAUUUGAAAAAUGGUAUUUCAUACAUCAUUACCUACAUAUGGCAACCCACCGAUGAUGUCUUGCGAGUAAGUGCUAAGUUUAAUGCCUCAUUGGAGAACAUUGCAACUGAAAAUGGCUACCGGAACUUCAGCACUGCAGCGAGUCUUCCGGUAAUGAUCCCCGUUUCACAGUUGCCAGCUCUCUCUCAAAUUUACCCGACUGAGCAGUCUCGUGAAGGAAGGCAUUCCAAACAUCCUUGGAUCAUCAUCCUUAUUGUAAGCUUGGGAGGUGCUAUGUUGAUCUUUCUUUUGACUGCUUUGUUGGUCCAUUCUCAUUGUUCACGUCAGAGGAAGGAGGAAAUGAAACGUCUUGGUUCCUCGCUGGAAACCAGUGUUCUGAUUAAAAUGAAGGAACAAUCAAGAAGUGAAAACUUUGAGCCAAAGAUCACGCAAGGUAAGCUACUUCCUGGAGUUUCUAGCUAUCUCAGUAAGCCAAUCAUGUAUGAGACUAAAGCAAUUAUCGAGGCAACGGCAAACUUUGAUGAACACUGUAGGAUUGGGGGAUCAGUGCACAGGGCGACUAUCAAUGGCCAGGUCUUAGCAGUAAAGAAAACCAAGGAAGAUGUCACGGAGGAACUAAAAAUUCUGCAGAAAGUAAAUCAUGCGAAUCUUGUGAGGUUAAUGGGAAUCUCCUUUGACACUGAUGGGAAUCGCUUCUUGGUCUAUGAAUAUGCUGAAAAUGGAUCGCUUGAUAAGUGGCUGCACUCGAAGUCUUCAAGCUCUUCGGUCAUCCUCACAUGGAGUCAAAGGCUAAACAUUGCACUAGAUGUAGCCAACGGCCUGGAGUACAUGCACGAACACACUCAGCCCACCAUUGUUCACAGAGAUAUCCGAGCAACUAAUAUACUUUUGAACUCCGGGUUUAAGGCAAUGAUUGCAAAACUCUCACUGGCUAUAUCUGCAACGAACUCAGCGAUGCCAAAAGUGGAUGUCUUUGGUUUUGGAGUUGUUCUACUAGAGUUGCUUUCAGGAAAGAGAGCCAUGGAAACAAAGGAAAAUGGGGAGGUUGCUCUGUUGUUGAAGGACAUAAGGUGGAUCUUUGAAGUGGAAGACAAUAGAGUGGAGAGGUUAAGAAGUUGGAUAGAUCCAAACCUGGGGAGCUUCUAUCCGAUCGAUGGUGCCAUCAGCUUGGCAACUUUGGCGAGGGCGUGCACACUGGAUGAAUCCAUGGAAAGGCCAAGCAUGGGAGAAAUCGUUUUCAACCUGUCUGUUCUUACCCAAUCGUCUUCUGAAACUUCAGAAAGAUCACGGACUUCAGGGGUAGAAGGAGACGAAGUAAUUCAUAUUAUAAGUCCAGUCACAGCUCGCUAAUUUAGCUCUAUUUAUAUUUUCCUGUACUAAAUACCCAUUUGGAUUUCCAUUCUAAUAAUUCAAAUAGUUCAAUCAGAAUUUAUGCAUGCAUUUAGCAAUUCUGAUGAUAACAGAAACAAGUUGACAAUCCUGAUUUCAUAGGCAAUGCCAAGUAGGAAACUUUCUAGCA